GUCUUCUUCUUCUUCUUUCAAGAACUCCAUAGAACCUGACUAAGGAAGGUAUAAAAAGGUCAGCCUCGCGCAUCUCGACCGCCUUCCAGAACGCCCCAAAAGCAAUCAAUCUAUCCUCAGCAGUUACUUCAAGCAGUUAGGGGGAGGGGACUGUUCUCAGCUCGCUUUGCUUUUCCCCCUCCUUCCAUCUCUUUUUCCCGAUAUUUCGGUUUCAGGUUCUCUCUCUCUCUCUCUUGAAAUUUCCGUCAGCCCAGCGCCUGUUGGAUCCUGCUCCAUCUCGAUUUCUGCCUGGGCUGUAUCGAUCCGAUUGCCUUUUCCGUCUCCCCCGUGUUAUCUCCAAAGGGGGUUCUUUCGUGGACGAGCCAACACUCAUCAGGCGGGAAAACAUGGCUCAACAACAGAAUGACAAUGUGAUGCGAAGAAAAUUGGUUAUUAUUGGGGACGGCGCGUGUGGGAAAACUAGUCUUCUCAGUGUGUUUACCUUAGGGUACUUUCCUACACAUUAUGUCCCGACGGUGUUCGAAAGUUACGUGACGGACUGCAGAGUGGACGGUCGCUCAGUGCAGCUAGCGUUGUGGGAUACAGCUGGUCAAGAAGAUUACGAGCGACUACGACCGUUGGCAUAUUCGAAGGCGCAUGUCAUUCUGAUUGGCUUUGCAGUAGACACACCAGAUUCGCUCGAGAACGUUAGGAUCAAGUGGAUCGAAGAAGCGAACGAACGAUGCCCCGGCGUCCCUAUAAUACUAGUUGGGUUGAAGAAAGACCUCCGGGAAAACCCCGGCGCGAUCGAAGAGAUGAGAAAGAAGUCGCUACGAUUUGUGACGCCCAAGGAAGGAAGUGAAACGGCCACGCAAAUCAAGGCCAGAAAGUACCUUGAGUGCUCGUCCCUAACGGGCGAGGGAGUCGACGACGUCUUCGAAGCCGCCACCCGUGCUGCCCUUUUGACAUUUGACCAGCGCAAAACAUCGUGCUGCAUUGUGCUAUGACGAACAUGACCAACUUUGCCUUACUUCAACCUUCGGAUUCUCUCGACUUUGAUAUACUUAUAUAUAUCAGCGUACCAGCG